GAAGCAGCGGCAGCACCACCAGCUCGGCGGCAGCGGCAGCAAGGUUGGCGCCGAAUGGGCUGCUCAAGUGGCCGCGAGAGGAAGCCGAGCGCUACGGCCCCGCCUUCCUGCUCUCCCUCUUCGCGGCCAUCCUGGUGUGGGAGGAGGUGUGGGACCUGCCCCACUCCGCAGCUCUCUCCGGCUGCCUGCUGCUGCUCAUCACAGCGGGCGCAGCGGCCUGCUCCGCGGUCUUCGAGCGACGCCUGUGGUGCCGCUACCUGUGCCCCAUCGGGGGGAUGAACGGGCUGAUGGCGAAGCUGGCGGUGACGGAGGUUCGGGCGCGGCAGGGGGUGUGCUCGGGCGAGUGCAGCUCCUACCCCUGCUACCGAGGCAGCUGCCCCGGCCCCUCCCCCUUCCAGCAAGGCGUCACAACCUACCUGCCCGCCUUUGCAACAUCCGUCUCCACCAGGCUGCGAGUGGGGCUGGGAAGCAGCGGCAGCAGCACGGGGGCCGUCACCACCUCCGCCACCACUGCUGCUUCUGCUGCUGCUGUUGCCAGGAGUAACAGCAGCAGCAACGCUAAGCAGCUGAAUAACUGGGCUGGCAGUAAUAACACCAGCAACACAAGAAGUAGCAGCAGCACUGGCAGCAGCAGCAGCAUCGCUGGCGGCAGCAGGAGCCCGGCAGUUGGCAGCAGCGGGCCCAGGAGUGACGGCGGCAGUGACGGCGGCGGCGGGGGGCUGCCCAGUUCCGGCUGCCCGCUGUACAGCCACCCGGCGCAGCUCGCGGAUAACCGGAACUGCACAAUGUGCAUGGAGUGUCUGCGGGCCUGCCCCAACGGCUCAGUGGAGGUGCGGCUGCGACCCCCGGGGGCCGACCUGCUGGGGCCGCACUCCGCUUCACCCGGGGAGGUGGUGCUGCUGUUUAUGUUGCUGGGGGCAGUCUACCUGCACAACCUGCCCGACCUAGCAGCCCAACUGGUUCAAGACGCCACCGCACUGCACCUGUCCGGCGUUACCCCCGAGCACAUCGCUGCAUCCCUGGUGCUGCUCACGGCACCCGGGGCGCUUGCAUGGGCUGCGGACGCCGCGAACCGCCUAGCCGCCACCUCCGCUGCUGCUGCUGCUGCCAGCACCUCCAGCAGCAGCAGCAGCCCCAUCCGCAGCCUCCUCGCCCGUGUCAACCUGGGUCGGACGGAAACCGCAGCAGCAGCAGCAGCCCUGGAGACUACUGCUGGGAGCCAUGAAGCGGCUUCGCAGGUGCUGCCGCCUUCGCACCCGGUGCCGCUUCCCGCUCCCUUCCUGACCCUAUCAUACGGCUACCUGCCACUACUGUGGUCAGCCACACUGGCGCACUACCUGCGGCCGCUGCUGGCGGAGGCGGGGCAGUUGCUGCCGGUUACGGCGGCGAUGCUUGGUUGGGAGCAUGCCUCGCUGCCGGUGGCGGAGGCUCAUCCGGUCGUCAUUACCUUCCUCCAGGGUUCGCUGUUGCUGUUCGGCGCCGCCACCAGUGCUGCACUGAGCCGCAAGCUGGCGGCCGCCCCAUGGGUCACUUUCAUGCCCCAGCUGGCCCUCAUCGGCCUCUUCACCGCGGAGGCCUGGGCGCUCAUUCUGCCGCAUCCGUAGAUAGGUGAUUGGUGGUACGGCGGGUUGUCAUUGGUCACGAUGCCGUACGCGGUGUAUGAUGGAGGUUAGCAACGACCCAUGCCACAUACCGAUUGCACAUAGAGACGCAGAUAGCAGAUAGAGCUGCACGUACGUUCCAACGCACACGCUUUUUUCAUUCUUUGGGGCCUCUACUGUCCCAGCAAUACCUAGAUGUGUGAAAUCGUGCCCUAGUUGAGUUCGUACAGUACGAGGGGGAGAUCACUCUGGAUCUCUAAACGUACGAAUACAUAUGAGCGUGAAAGCACGCAGGGAUCGCCUUGUAACCAU